AUGGCGUCUCCGGAGAAGAUGCUUCUCCCCGAGAGACAGAGCCACCGAAAGUACCGAGCUGCCCUGAAGAAGGAGAAACGGAAGAAGCGCCGGCAGGAGCUCGCUCGAUUGAGAGACUCGGGACUCUCACAGGCAGAAGAGCAGGAGGAGGAAGAUGCUUUUCUUGAAGAAUGCCAACUGGAAGAAGAGAGGCUGUUGGAGACAGAGAGGAAAAAGUUGCAUGAGGAGUGGUUACAGAGAGAGCAAAAGGCACAAGAGGAGUUCCGAAUAAAGAAAGAGAAGGAAGAGGCAGCCAGGAAGCGGCAGGAAGAGCUAGAGAGGAAAUUGAAGGAAGAAUGGGAAGAACAGCAGAGGAAGGAGCAAGAAGAGGAGGAACAGAGACUUCAGGAGAAGAGAGAGAGAGAGGAAGCUGUCCAGAAGAUGUUGGACCGGGCUGAAAAUGAGUUGGAAAAUGGUGCCACAUGGCAAAAUCCAGAGCCACCCUUGGAUGUAAGAAUAAUGGAGAAAGACCGAGCUUACUGUCCAUUCUACAGUAAAACAGGAGCGUGCAGAUUUGGAGAUAGGUGUUCACGGAAACACAAUUUCCCAGCAUCGAGCCCCACCCUUCUGAUAAGAAGCAUGUUUACAACGUUUGGGAUGGAGCAGUGCAGGAUGGAUGACUACGAUCCUGACGCCAGCCUGGAGUACAGCGAGGAGGAGACCUACCAGCAGUUCCUCGAGUUCUAUGACGAUGUGCUGCCUGAGUUCAAGAACGUGGGCCGAGUGGUGCAGUUCAAGGUCAGCUGCAACUUUGAACCUCAUCUUCGGGGCAACGUGUAUGUCCAGUAUCAAUCGGAAGAAGACUGUCAAGCGGCCCUUUCCCUGUUUAACGGGCGUUGGUACGCAGGACGGCAGCUGCAGUGUGAAUUCUGCCCAGUGACCCGGUGGCAAAUGGCAAUCUGUGGUUUGUUUGAAAGCCAGCAGUGUCCGAGAGGAAAACACUGCAACUUUCUUCACGUGUUCAGAAACCCCAACAAUGAGUUUUGGGAAGCCGACAGGGACAUGUACCUGUCACCAGAUCGGACUAGCUCGUCCUUCGGGAAGAAUGCAGACAGGAGGGAGAGGCACCACGGCAGGUCAAGGAGGAGGCGCAGCCCUGGCUCGGACCACUCCUCCAAAAGGAACGGUGAACCCUGCCGGAAGCGCAGGAGCAGCCACCGUGACAAGUCCCACAAGCAUGUGAGCCGGAGUCGUGAACGGCGGAGGUCCCGGAGCAGAGGGCGGAAAAGGGACCGCAGUCGGGCCCGGAGUCCCCGCAGCCGGAGCCGCCGCCCCCGCAGCCGCAGCCGCAGCCGGAGCCGGAGCCAGAGCCGCGGGCGCAGAGCGCGGGCCUCCAGGUCUAGGAGCCGCGGCAGGAGGAGGUCUGCGAGUAGAGACAAGACUGGCCACAGUCCCAAAGCCAAAUAA